AUGGCCCUACAUAGCAUUCUAUUUGCAUAUCGGGACACGAUAGAAGAAUCUAUAACGAGAUUCUCGAUGGGGGAAGCCACGGUUAAAAGAAACCUGUUGAGAAUCCUAGAUGAGUUGGAGAACCGUUUCGUGUCUCGAAGUGACGAGAAGGCCGGGCGCAUCGGUUUCCAAUGCAGAGAGGACGAGGCUUACCCGAAGCUCCGUGCUCUCAGGAGGAGACUAUCUGAUGAUGCACUAGAAGAGGACUUGGACGCAAUCAAUGGCAUCAUCCAUAUCUAUGGUACUCAUUCAGAGAAGCGAGAGAAGCUGCUGGACAAUCUUGACAAAGCGAGCGACUUCUUCAACUUGUUCCACGACGAGCAGCUGCGUACAUCUGGGCCGGACUCUCCGUGCACAGCAGAAUUCUCGAAUUAUCUUCUCGUGCAUAUUUGGAACCUCACGAAGACACUUUUCGACGCAAUAGAGAGUAACUGGCGCCUUUGCAAAGAGUCAGACUGCACGUCGCAUGCAAGCCGCCAGACACGUCUGCAUCUUACCGAGCAUCAACGGUUUGAGACUGCCGGUGGAAGUGUCUCCCUGAACAGCAAGGAGCGAUUCCGAAUCUUGUUCUCGACUAGCCCUAGGGACCUCAGCUGGCAAAGCACGGAAAUUACCGCCACUAGCCUGGACUAUGCGAAGGAACGAGUGAAGGUGCAGCAUAAGCCAAUGGAAAACGGCCUCUGCGAAACCAUACAAGGAGUGAAGGAAGACCUCUGCCCGCAAAUGGCCAUCUAUGGACACAAGCUGUGGAAUCUAGGGACACGGUCCGUCCGUGACAUCACCCGCAAUCAGCCGCCCUCUCCGGCUCAGCUUUCGAACCGCGAUUUCAAGACCCUGACAGAUCUGCUUCGCCCGAGUGAAAACAGACGCGAACACUCGCUAUCAUCGAUGCAGGCAAGAGACCGCUUGAUCCUUUCGUUUAUCCUGACAACAUCCCUCUUGCGCUUCUUCAGAGGGCCGUGGCUACAGGCCAGCUUUUGCAGCGAUAACAUCUGUUUCCUGGUCUUCAACGGAUCAGAGCCUGAUAUUACCAAGCCCUACCUGACGACGAAUUGUUCAGCUCCGCUCGAGAGUGGACCACCACCAGUUGACCUGGCCCAGCCUCAUCCAUUUCCUGAUAUUCUAUCCCUAGGCAUACUUCUCCUCGAAAUCGCCAGGGGAGAUAUCAUCGACAUUCCGCAGCACCAGGAUCGUUGUUCCAUUGCCUUGAAGCACAUGGAAGAAUGGACUAGACCACAGGCAGACCGUAUGAGACCAAUCUAUGGUUACCUCCAUCAAGCAAUCUCGGCUUGUAUCAGCCCAAGCAACCUCCGAAACGAUAGGCUUGACGAGAUGGACGUCAACGAAAAGAAGGCCAGGAAGUACAUCUUUGAAAGAAUUCUGUGGCCUCUGGAAUCUGCUCUCUCCGAUGCCUACAACGUCAAGCCAAACACUUUGAAUACGGAUAUUGCCCCAGAGGAACAGCCCAUUGGGCUCGGUGCAUUCGACCACAAAGACGAGGAUUCCAGUGGGAAGCAAAAAGCUGCCGGGCAUUGGCUCAAAUGCUUGGGAGGCGUACAUAAUUUGUUGGACGAAUAUCAGGAAAGAAGCAGAAAAUUACGAAAAGAAGCUGUCAAAGUUGCCGUGCUUGACACAGGUCUCCAGAUAUCUUGGAAAUCACUCCAAGACAACUAUAUAGAGGACAAGCGCAUCAGCACGGAGCAGUCUGAGGACUUUGUCCGUUACGAAGGGGAAGAAUCCAUCCGUGGCUGGGACGUUGACUGCGACGGCCAUGGUUCUAGAGUGGGCGAGAUCGUCUUGCAAGUUGCUCCAAAAGCCGUGCUACAUGUUGCGAAGGUUUUCCGUCACAAAGAUGACUUAACCGACCCCAAGAUUUCUGAACAAGUUCACAAGCAGAUUGCGCACGCAAGUUCUUUCGAUGAGGCCAUCGAGCGCGCCUCCUAUGAUUGGAAGGUCGAUAUGAUCGUCAUGAGCUUCGGCUUCGACAGGCCAAUACCCUCGAUUCGCAGGGUCAUUGGAAAAGUUUCCAAAAUGGAGAGUCCGCCAUUAUUCUUUGCCGCUACUCGCAAUGAUGGUGCCAACAUAGGCAUAGCAUGGCCGGCAAAGGACUCUCGGGUCAUCGGGAUCAGCUCAACCGAUGGCUAUGGAGUGAGAUCCGAAUUCAAUCCCACGGAGGAUGAGACCAGUUCUCCAAUACUCCAUGCUUUUGGAGAGUGUGUCCCCGUUACAGCAGAAGAGCCUCAAGUCGGAGAGCACAUGUCCGGAACUUCAUAUUCCAACCCCGGUCCCACGGCCAAGCCCCACGAAAAGCACGUAUCAGGAACCUCAUACGCCACCCCCAUGGCAGCAGCACUGGUGUCAAACUUGGUGGCAUGCGUUCGCAUGAUCGUGGCCACUUCAGUAGGCGAAUUAAAGAGUUACGACCGCGUUCCGGAGCGCCUACGGAAGCUGAAUGCGAACGACAUGGUUGCGGUUUUAAGAACGCACAUAGAAAAGAAACAUAAUAGCGGCAACAGGAGCUUGCUUCCUUGGGAUUUCCUGAAAGGUGGGGACCAAGGAAUUUUGAAGGAUCUUGAUGAGACAUUGGAAAAGAUCUUGGGCAAAGAAUGA